AUGACCGAUGCUGUGGCGUUUCAUAUCGCUAAGGACAUGGUUCCCAUAUACACCAUCGAAAAGCAGGGGUUCAUAAAAAUGCUACACACUGCUGAUCCAAGAUACAAGUUGCCGAGCCGCAAAUAUUUUAAAGACGUAGCUAUUCCCCGAAUGUACACUGAAACACGUGAAAAAGUAGCGGAGCAGCUUAAAAAGGCAUCUUUUUUUUCUACGACGACUGACUUGUGGAGUAGUCGUACUCUUCAGCCUUACAUGAGCCUUACAGCCCAUUACGUUGACGCAGAAUGGAAACUGCGAAGUUUUUGCCUUCAGACGUGUUAUUUUCCUGACGAUCAUACUGGGGAAAUAAUUGGUCAUGGGCUUAAAGAUGCGCUGGCGUCUUGGAAGCUUGUGGAGGAUCGACAGGUGUGCGUGACCACUGACAGUGGAACGAACAUGAACAAAGCAAUGAAGAUAAACGAGUGGACCCAUCUUCAGUGCUUUGGACAUCGUCUUCACAAUGCCAUUGAACAUGGUGUGAAAGACCACAGAGUUGACCGUGCAGUUGCAGUGUGCAAGAAGGUUGUAAGUGCGUUUUCCUUCAGCUGGAAAAAGAGAAGAGAUCUUACAUCUGCACAGGCUGAGCUCGGCCUACCUUCUCAUCAACUCAUUACAGAGACCCCCACCAGGUGGGGUUCAAGACAAAAGAUGAUCGAGCGUGUUUUAGAACAGGAGAAAGCCAUAGCUCGGGUUCUUGGCUCUGAUAAAAAAACUCGGCAGCUUGUUCCAACGUGGCAAGACAUCGAUGUCAUGGAAUCCAUAAAUAAAGCUGUAAGCCCUCUGCAAGAGUUCACUGAUGCAUUGUCAGGUGAAGCAUAUGUAAGUGUCUCGUACCUCAAACCAGUGCUCCAUCUCUUCAACAGUAGCAUUCUACAAGCACAAGACGAUGACACAGAUUUAACAAAAUGUAUCAAAAGCACAAAACUGCUGUACCUCAACAGCAAAUACAGCGACGCUGUCACAGAUGAACUCCUCGACGUAGCUUCUCUGAUGGAUCCCAGGUUCCGUACAACUUACAUCAAACAUGACAAGUUAGAGGGAAUCAAGCAAAAAGUUGUUAAAGAGCUGACGUCUUUGUUGCCAGACAAAAAUCUUGAGACAACAGUUCAGAUGACUCAGGACGUGGAGCAGGAAGAACAAAGAACAGAAGCUGGGGCCAAGAGGAAGAAAACCUUAGGAAGCUUUUUUAAGAAAACGACACCAGCAUCACAACCUGUCAUUCAAUCAGAGGAAGACAAAGUCAAUGCCGAGAUGACAGCCUAUUUGAUGUCUUCUGAUGUAGAUUCAGACACAGACCCACUUCAAUGGUGGAAGACUAAUGAGAACAGCUCUUUUCCUGCUGCCCUUGAAUGUGUGCCGAGCAGUCUGUGGGCUGAAAACAAGGAUGAGGCCAACAACAGUGCAGCUGGAGUGCCAACUCCUGCAGCUCACACUCCAGCGCCAGCAGGUCUUUUCAAACACCUGCAGGUCGACUACAUCACCCUUCCUCCAUGUCAAGGUAGUCAGAGGCUCUCGACGUCGACACCAACGUCAUCCCCACCGCCUAUCGGGCCCUGGCUGAGGUCUUCUGAAAACAACACGUCACACAUCUGCCUCCUCAUUGCCCAUACGAUCUGGCGAUUGACCUUCAGCCAGGCACGAUUCCACCCCGUGGCCACCUCUACUCCACUCUCCGCCACCAUCAGAAGGGCACCAUCAGGCCCUUCUCCUCACUUGCCGCCACGGGGUUCUUCUUCGUGGAGAGAAAAGGCGUUGAACCUCCAGAGCGCCUACAACUUGGUGCGCAUCAGAGAGGGCGAUAAGUGGAAGACUGCCUUCAUCACCCCUACCGGACACUACGAAGAAAGAGUUCGCGGCUUCGCGCUGUGGCUCAAGUUACAGGUCUCAUACUCAACACAAGUGACGAGCGACGACGGCAUGCUAGGUCGAAGGAAGAGGCUCGAUAUUUGGUCGCAUUUUAAGUACAAUGGUACUGACAAAAAGUCAGAAUGUGUCAUCAUUACUGACGGGAAACACUGCGGACAAAGAAUUUCGGGGAAAAACACCACCAACCUUAAACGACAUCUACAGGCUAACCACCCACACAUUCAGCUGAAAAGUAAUAUUGGGAGCACAGACAGUCACACAGGAGAGCAUCCAUUUAUGUUUAAUAAACAGAUGGCUGCGGUUGUGCUGCCAGAUAGCGAGAUGGAGACUUCUGCCCAGAUAAAAGCUCAAGUUGAGAGAAUGUCCAAGACUCUGCAGGACACAUUUGCCAAUCUACAGCUGCAACGAAAAAACCAUUUGUUAUAUGAGAGAAAUUUGAAGGCGACUCAGCUGAAGAACGGUUACCGUGAGGAGAACUUCCAGCUACGCUUAAAAUUCUUUGGCAAUGACGAAGCAGAGAAGGACGCCUUUUUGUAUAAUCAGAUGGCAACAACAAGGAAAUCAGACUUUUUACGUUUGAGAAUGACUGAAGCUCAAAACAUUUUUGAUCUAAUUAAAAAAUGGAUCCACCAACAAGAACAUGAAUUUACGCUGCUUGGGGAAGCUGGACAGGAGCUUAAAAAGAAGGCGAAGUGGGAAAGAUUAAAUUUGCAGUUGGCUGACCUGCAGCAACAGUGUGAACACAUCAAAUAUCUAUUCCACCUGCAGGAUAAGGAACAUAAACUAACAUGCAAACUGGUUCACGCACUACUGGCUGCCUACCACCACCAGUGCCAGACCCUAAGGGCCGCAGGCAUGCCUGUAGAUGCUGACCAGGAGAAGCUGCUGGAGAACCUCUUGCAGAGAGUUGAGGAUGACGAGGAUGACGAGAUGACGGAAGAAGUUGAGUGUGACACCUGUCUACUACCCAUUUUGGAAUUCUCACACCCCACUCUUGAUCAAAGCACACCAUGCACAACAUCAGAGAACAAGCCAAGCACUUCACAGGGCAUUUUGCCUCAACCCCACAAUCAAAGGAAACAGAGAAAAAUGAAAAUAAAAACAGAAAAACGUUGGAAGUGACCGAGAGAUAAGCAUAAACUGGCCGAUAAGAACAGGUUCUUUUGAUAUUGGAGGCCAGGAAGAGAUUAGUUGUUAGUCAGUGUUUAUUGUUUCUGUUUCACAUUUUGUCACAGUUUAUUGUUAUUGUUUCACAUGUUCAGAUGUUUGGAAGUGAUUUACAUUAAACAGUUGAAUUAAAGAAAGAAAAUUCCUUGCCAGGUGGUGACAGUUCUGCUUCCACAUCACAUUAGAGCU